CUUAAGCUAUUCCCUGUAGUGGUGACUGCAGGGAUCAGUGUAGCUGCCGGUGUCCAGUGCUCUGGGAGCCUGAUCUUUAAACUGAGAAUAUCCUUCCUACCAUUCUUAGUCUUUUGGCCUGUCUGUAUGAUGCCAAGAUAGCCUGGCUGUGAAGUGGGCUUUGCUUCUGUAGAACAGGAGUGGAAUCAGAACACCUGCUCCAUCUCUUUCUGUGCAAUAUUUUGUAGCUCCAGGUGAAGUAUAGCAACAUAAAAUUUCUUGAUUGUGAGCCAGCACAGUACCUUGGCAAUGCCUACAGGUAGGCUUCAGCCAACUGUUUCCAACAGCAAAGCCUAUUCUCUUCUCAUUGCAAUAUUUACUGAAUUGCUUAUGUGUGAAGAAGUUUGUGAACCCACUCCUUCCUGGUUCCUAGACACAAAUUUGUGUUUACUCCUGCCUUUGCAUAACCAUAGUGGGUAUUAAGAGGGUGAGACUUCGGUGCCCAGGAGCCAAGACAGAAGCUCUCAGUUUUGCUUCCACUAAGUGGUGUCUCUGGUGGAUCCAGAGGAACUGCAAGGUCUUUUGCCCUCAUCUACUCAUUUUGGUGGUUCCAUGUUUUCUGAGCUUGCUCCCAAAAACCAAAGGUUUGUCUUGGUUCCUUUGCAGCAUCGAGGGGAGAAUUUAGGUACUUACUGAUGCUUUGAAGGGACUUUCAGAAAAUGGGAGGAUUUUAGGAAGCAAAACAUACCUACAGGCAAACACUACAAAACACUUGUGGGUCACUCUCUGUGAUUGCCUGUUCUAGAACACAGUAGUGAAAAAACUGUCAUUGCUCUCCUUAUUGCUUUCUUUUUUAGGUUAUUAGCAGAUAUGUUUAUAACAGUACUACAUGGAGAAAAUGAAAAGGCCCUUUCCAACAUUCAGUGUAAACUUCAGCUUCUCUUGGAGAGCAUCAAACGCUGCUGUAGCUGUGAGAAGGAAGGUGAAAUUGAACUGGCAGAUGAGAAUGGCCAAGUGAAGAAUUUGCUCCAGAACCAGGACCACUACACAUCGCAGCUCCUGAGAGAGAGGGUUUUGUAUGUGCUUUUAUCCCUCACAGAACAUGAAGGUUCCCAAGAAGCUGUUUUUACACCACUGCUGAAAGACCACAGCAUCAUCAGUCCAAAGUUUCUGGCUAAACUGGGGAAGUGGGAAGAUUCGAAAGUGUCACCUACCAGAGUGAAAUCCAGAAAAUAUGGCAAACAAACAAUCUUGCUUUUGGAAGUUCCUUCUACGGCGGGUAAAAGGAGUCAUUCACCACAGGGCAACAAGAAUAAAACUGUGGCUUCCCCUUCCAAAGAAACUGGGAAACUGUAA